GUCGCAGGGCGGGGCUUUGCCUCGGGUCAGGUGGGGGCGGGGCUUGUCGCUGGGAGGGGCCUGCGCUAGCCCCCCGUGAAGAUCUCCGAACCAGGCCGGGGGUGCCAGCGUCCCCAUGGGGCUGUGCUUCCCGUGCCCCGCGGAGUCCGCACCGCCAUCCCCGAGCCCGGAAGAGAAAAGAGCAAAGCUGGCAGAGGCAGCAGAAAGAAGACAGAAAGAGGCUGCAUCUCGAGGGAUUUUGGAUAUUCAGUCGGUGGAGGCAAAGAGGAAGAAGAAAGAACAGCUAGAGAAGCAGAUGGACACGCCGGGGCCGCCAGCAGGUGGACUUAGGUGGACGGUGUCAUGAAGCAUCUCAUCCUGCAGGAGAGUCUUGCAGCCACAGCAGCUGCAGUCGGAUGGAUUUCAGCUGAAUGUCUCUUCUUCACACUGAUGAAGAGUCAGACUUUGUAUUGUUAGUGCCCUUGAGAGCAGUGCGAAAACUAUGCUAAAAAUUUUGGUAAAAUUUUUGAUUUCCAAACUUAC